AUGCUUCUUUCAGACUUGCCUCCAGAGAUUAUCUAUUCAAUCGCGACUUAUUUGCCAACUGCAAACGCCUUUGUCUGCCUGGCCCUCACCUGCCGGCGACUGCAUGAGAUCAUUGCGAGUGGCGAUUGGAGCAUCUUUAGAGCUUUCGUGAAGAGUCAGUUCUACAACAUACCUACGCCACCUUUCUGGAAAGACGCGGCUCGGGCUCUUACAUCUCGCUCUAGAGCGUUGGAUAGGCAUGCAGUUAUAGGCCGUUUUGUCACACGUCCGUCAAAUGCAGAGCACCUGGGCGGAUCGUCUCAGGCUACUAGAGGUGACAACCCUACGCAUGGUUAUCGGCCCGCUAUAGACUCGUAUGAAGUCUGGAAUGGAUCCAAUUGGCAUGACCGACGUGAGGUAUUGGCAUGGAGCGAUGGGCAUGAAUUGGUACUACAGAUCCGACAGCGUGGAUCUCAGAGUGCGCAAAAGUCAUUUGUUUUCAAUGAUCUAGAGCAUAUCAGCAGCCAUGACGAUAUCUGCGGCCUCCAUCUUCUGCGGCCUGAGCAUCAUGCGAAAACCCAGGAUCGUGAGCAUGUGAUGCUCGGUCGGAUGCGUGGCGAACUUGUCCAUCUUACGAUUGCGCCAGAGAGCAACGCAUAUGAAUUGAAGCAGAAGUUUCAGACGUUCGGCCUGGAGAUCGAACGGACUGAUAUGAGUGAUGGGCCAGAGUCAAUUCUCGCGGCCCACCUGAGUAAUGGAACAAUCGCGCUAUACAGUACCACUACAGAGGAAGAAGAGGUCUCGUCAUUUGGACGCCUUCAUGUACAUGCAGGAAGCUCUGCACGUUACAAGAGCUCGAAGUUCCUCUCCCCAAACCGCUUAGCUGUGACGACGGGACGCCCACAGGACGCAAUCGCCAUCUCUAGAAUUUCGCAAGAACGAAUAGCGCUCGAGAUUACGAUACCAGCCGACUUUGUAGGCACACCUGCCAUGAACGGACUCACCAAAAGAUCAACCGUCACUGCAAUUGCACCGCUCACUGGACAGACAGGAGCUUCAUCAGGCAAUACAUUUCUCGCAGCUUGGGGUGGUUCCGCGGUGAGAUUGCAUGACCUCCGGUCCCAUAAGCAGUACGAGCAACUUUACAUAGAUAUGGCGGAUCAUAACCCCUUGUACUGUAUUCAUCCAUUCGGACACGACCGCUUCGUCGUCGGUGCGGGAGGCGACGCAGUCGUUAAGAUAUUCGAUCUUCGAAUGCCAACCGCCUACGACUACCGUACAACAAGAAGACAGUCAUUCUCGGGCCCUUCCAGGGCCCAAAGCACUUCCCUAAAACAUCCCAGCAGAGAUCUCUCUAUCUUCCUUUCUUCCGUCCCACCUUCGGCACGCAACGCCCGAUCGACCCAGCGCCACUACCGCGGCCCUAUAUAUACUAUGUCCUCUCCGUCUCUUCUAUCCCCAACGAUAUAUACAGGUAUCGCCGGAGGGAUCGUUCGACUCGACUUCGCGUCUACAGAUGAUUUGACUGGUUCCAAUAGUACUUGGUACCGCGAGGCUAUUGAUCUACCUAGCGAGGAUACCAAUGGGAAUAAUACGAACGAAGUGAUUGAGUUGUCCGGUUACGAGAGACCGGACAGUAGAGACAUAACGGCCUGCUCGAAGCUAAGAUCCCAGGUGCCUUUUAGUGCAGUCAAUGACCAGAACCUUGCGAACGAGCAGGCGGCGGGCUGGGAUAGGAGAUGGAAUCCCCUCGAGGCGCCUGGUGCUUGGAGACGUCGGGACUGA